CCUUUUUUCAAUUUCAUUUAUUUUUGUAUUUCCCAAUUCUCUCUCUCUCCCACUGUCUCUCCAAUUUCCAUUGUUGAGCCAAAACGUGAAGUUAGUCGAAUCUCGAGGCUUUCCUCUUUUUGAAGCAAUUCUUUGUUCUAGGGUUUUCCCAAAUUUCAAAUCUCAUCAAUCAGAUUCUCCAUUUCAUCCCCAAAUCACUUCCAUCUUUCUUCCGCACUUCUCGGCCUUCGCCGAUCUCCGCCUCCGAUCGACAAGAACAUGCUGGCGAUUGCUCGGGGAAAUUUCAGUUUCUGUAUUCUCUGGUCGAAUUUGUUCCCGAUUCUUUGUUCCUCGAUCUGUUAUGGAAAUUCUAGGGUUUCUCCUUUAAUUCCAUAAAUUUUUUGCUGUAAAAGCGAAAAAUUAGGGUUUUAUUUUUUCGUGUGUAAAUAUUGGGGAUUUUCUAUUGUACGUAUAAUACUUUUCGUUCGCUUGGUUUGAAUUGAGAUGUAUAUUGAGGAAUUGAAGGGAGGCGGGGAAGCGGAAGGCGGUGAAGAAAGGAAUUCAUUGGCUGGUGAUGGUGGUGGUGAUUGCAGUAGCGGAAACAUUGUCGUUUUUGAUACCAAAAGGGUUUUGAUUGGGGCUGGGGCUCGCGCGCUUUUUUACCCGACUCUGCUCUACAAUGUCGUUAGGAAUAAAAUUCAGGCUGAUUUCCGGUGGUGGGAUAAGAUUGACGAGUUUGUACUAUUAGGUGCUGUCCCAUUCCCUGUUGAUGUUCCCUGCCUAAAGAAGCUUGGAGUUCAUGGAGUUGUCACUCUUAACGAACCAUAUGAGACCUUGGUUCCCACGUCUCUAUAUCAUGCUCAUGGCAUUGAUCAUCUGGUGAUCCCAACAAGAGACUAUUAUUUUGCACCGUCGCUCAGUGAUAUAUCCCAUGCUGUAGAUUUUAUGCAUGAAAAUGCAUCAUGUGGACGCACUACUUAUGUUCACUGUAAAGCUGGUCGGGGACGCAGCACAACUGUUGUUAUUUGUUAUCUGAUGCGAUACAAGCAGAUGACACCUGAUUCUGCUUAUGAUUAUGUGAAGUCGAUUCGGCCAAGAGUGCUUUUAGCCUCUUCUCAGUGGCAGGCCGUUCAGGAAUACUAUCAUCUCAAGAUAAAAAAUGCUGUUAUCUAUCGUUCCAUGACUGAUCUAAUAUUGAAAGCGCCAAGGUCAGCAGCUCCUCAGGAUCUGAUAGCAUUUGAUGAUGCCUCUGUAGUUGUGAUAACAGAGUCGGAUCUUGACGGUUAUGACACAAGUAUUGAAUCAAGUACCGUCGGAAGGGAGAUAUGGGCAGAUCUAAGUGUGGUAUACCGGGUUCGAGUUGCCGGUAAGGCAGCUUUGGCUAAAAUCUCAUGCCUAUGGCUGCGAUGCCAUGCCCAUCAGAAGAUUUCGGAUGAGAAGUUGCGCAGGGAGAGCAGGUGCUCAAUAACGGCUGACCAUCUGGGAGGCAUCAGUGUGGACAUCCACGUCUACUGAGAGUCUCUGUAACUGCGUAUAUGUUGUUACGAGUUGUUUUUUUAUAUGAUCUUUACCCCGUACAUAAAAAUGCAUGUAAUGAUGUUUCACAUUAGGCACAACUGAAAGCUGUUGUUUUUCCCCCCUCUUGUAACUGAGUCAUUAUGUCGUGGAAAUGGUACAAGUAUCAGCCAUUAUGAGUUCAAAUUAUUGAUGCA